AUCCCAUCUAGGCUUUUGUAGCCAAUUAUUGAAGACUUGAAGUCCCACAUUAAAUCAUUCUUACAAAACUAGCACAAUGGAAAAUUUCCAUGAAGAGGUUCAAGCGCCAGUGAGUCCUCAUGGGCAAUAUUUCAAUAGCUCUGUGAUAUGUUCAUAUGUUUUUGACUUUCUUGAAUUUGCAGUUCCAAUUGAUUAUGACUCACAAGCUAUAACUUUGAUUAGAGAUAUCUUCCUCCCCAUCAAUCCACGCUUCUCCUCUAUUAGGGUAAGAGACAAAUAUGGUAAGAUGAGAUGGCAAAAGGUUGAAGUGAAGCCUGAAGAGCAUAUAAAGAUUCCCAUUUUUCCUGACACCACUUCAUCUGAAUUAUAUGAUCAGGAUCUUGAUGACUAUGUGUCAAGGAUUCUAACUGAAAGAACACCUCAAAACAAACCACUUUGGGAAAUUCACAUUAUCAAGUACCCAACAAAAAAUGCUGCUGGAACCUUAAUUUUCAAACUCCAUCAUGCACUUGGAGAUGGUUACUCUCUCAUGAGUGCUCUUCUUUCUUGUCUUCAAAGAGCUGAUGACCCUUCUCUUCCACUAUCUUUUCCUUCAAGGACACCACAACAUGCAAAGGAAAGCUUGUUUAAGAAGUUGCCUUCAGAUAUCUCCUCUUUCUUUAGCUCCAUAUCAGAUUUUGGAUCAAGCUUGAUUAAGACAAAAAUUAUUGAAGAUGACAUAACACCCAUAAGGUCUGGGUAUGAAGGAACAGAGUCUCAGCCUUCUAACUUGUCAAGCAUAACAUUAUCUCUUGAUACCAUCAAAGACAUUAAGUCAAAGCUUGGAGUGACUAUAAAUGAUGUGGUUUGUGGGGUGAUCUUCUAUGGGAUUAGGCUUUACAUGCAAGAGAUUGACAACAAGGCAAAAACUGCAAAUUCCACAGCUGUGGUCAUGCUCAACACAAGAAAUCUUGCAGGUUACCAAUCACUCGAGGAAAUGCAAAAGCCUGAGGCUAAAGGUCUUUGGGGGAAUCAAAUUUCUUUCUUACAUAUAGCAAUACCUAAGCUUUACCAAUCCACAAUCUCCAACCCUCUUGACUUUGUUUGGCACUCCAGUAAACUAAUCAAGAGAAAGAGACGUUCUUUCAGUGUUUAUCUCAUGGGUAUGCUCUUGGAUUUGGAGAUGAAAUUAAGAGGGCCAGAGAUUGCAGCAAAAACCAUCUACAACACUAUUGGGAACGCUAGUAUACUUGUCUCCAACAUAGUUGGGCCAAUGGAGGAGUUGGCUUUGGCCAAUUAUCCUAUAAGUGGUUUGUAUUUCGCAGUGACAGGUGGACCUGAGAAUGUAAGCAUUACAGUUAUGAGCUAUGUGAAAAUGUUGACAAUCACCAUGAGAACACUUAAGGGAUUCAUAGAUGAACAGAAAUUGAAGUACUGCAUGGAGAAAGCCAUUGAAGUCAUAUUCAAAGAAGCUAUGGAGAUCUCCGAGAGAACCAGCCAAAAUUAAUUAGGACAUAUAAGUCAACAUAAAAAGGGUGUAACAGUGGACCGAUCAGUAUCUACUAUUUGAUCUAAUAGUAUAAGAAAUUAAAGGAUGAGAAGAAUACUACAACUAGUGAGUUGCUCCACAAAUAAGGUUCUGUGUGUAACAUUUAUGCAUCUUUUUCAAUAAUGAAUAA